AGCCGGUCCGAACCGAUCAAAGAUGGACCCGCUGGUCGCUGCCAUCGAUCAGGGCACGAGCUCCACUAGAUUCCUGGUUUUCAACUCAAAAACAGCCGAACUGAUCAGUCACCAUCAAGUGGAGGUCAACCAGAGGUUCCCAAAGGAAGGAUGGGUGGAGGAGGACCCCAGGGAGAUCAUUCGGUCCGUUUACGAGUGCAUGGAGAGGACCUGCGAGAAACUGGAGGGACUCAACGUUGACCUUGCCAACAUCAAAGCGGUGGGGGUGACCAACCAGAGAGAGACCACCCUCGUUUGGGACAAAGAGACCGGAGAGCCGCUCUACAACGCCAUUGUUUGGUUGGACCUGCGGACUCAGUCGACGGUAGAACGACUCAUUAGUAAAACUCCAGGGAGGAACAAGAACCACCUGAAGCAGAAAACUGGACUCCCCAUCAGCACUUAUUUCAGCGCCGUGAAGCUGCGCUGGCUGCUGGACAAUGUGGACGAGGUGCACGAGGCGGUUCUGAGUAAACGGGCCAUGUUUGGCACCGUGGACUCCUGGAUCAUCUGGUGCCUGACGGGCGGCAGGACUGGAGGCGUCCAUGUGACGGACGUGUCUAACGCCAGUCGCACAAUGCUCUUUAACAUCCACACGUUGGACUGGGACCCUGAACUCUGCAGGUACUUCGACGUUCCGAUGGAGAUCCUCCCAAAGGUCAGGAGUUCGUCUGAAGUCUACGGCUGGAUGAACUCCGGCUCGCUUGCAGGGAUUCCCAUCUCAGGGUGUUUGGGGGACCAGUCGGCCGCUCUGGUCGGUCAGAUGUGCUUCGAGGAAGGACAGGCCAAAAACACGUACGGUACCGGCUGCUUCCUGCUCAGAAACACCGGGACCAGGCCGCUGACGUCGGACCACGGCCUCCUCACCACAGUCGCCUACAAACUGGGGAAGGACAAACCCGCGUGUUACGCUCUCGAGGGUUCAGUUGCCAUCGCAGGAGCUGUGAUUCGCUGGCUGAAGGACAACAUGGGCAUCGUCCAGUCGUCCUCAGAGAUCGAGCAGUUAGCAGCUGCAGCAGGAACGUCGUACGGUUGUUACUUCGUACCGGCGUUUUCCGGUCUCUACGCUCCGUACUGGGAGCCCAGCGCUCGAGGCAUCAUCUGUGGCCUCACUCAGUUCACAAACAGGAGCCACUUGGCCUUCGCUGCCCUGGAGGCCGUCUGCUUCCAGACCCGAGAGAUCCUGGACGCGAUGAACCAGGACACCGGCGUCCCCCUGACGCAGCUGAGGGUGGACGGGGGCAUGACGGGGAACAGGUUACUGAUGCAGCUGCAGGCCGACAUCCUCUGCAUCCCCGUCGUUCGACCCACCAUGUCGGAGACCACCGCUCUGGGUGCAGCCAUGGCAGCCGGGGCCGCUCCGGGGGUGGACGUCUGGGACCUGAACCUGGGUCAGCUGCCCCAACUCAAGUCUGAGAAAUACAAACCUCAAAUCAACCCAGAAGAGAGCGAGUUCCGGUUCGCCCGCUGGAAGAAGGCCGUGCAGAAGGCCAUGAACUGGGAGACCACGGAGACGAGCUGCAGCACCAACGGUGAAGGGAAGAAGAACGGAGCCCCCUGUUGGGUCCCUACCACCCCCCCUGCCGUCAGAGUGGACCCCUAAGGUCAGCAGCAGUGACAGA